AUGGCCUGUCCACUGACCGUCAGCAAAUUCGUGGGCACCGUCUCCCUCGGCCUUCUAACAGGCCUCUCCUACUCCGCCUCAACCGUAACCAUCCCAUCCCUAUCCCUCCUCCCAACCUCCGCCAACGCCUCCCGCGCUCUCCACGAAGUAAAGCGCCUAAACCGCAAACACGGGCUCCGUCUCACCAACGUCGCCAAUGGCUGCCUCCUCUUCGCAUACUGUGCCUCCCCGAAACACCGUAAACACCCGUACCUGAUCUGGAUGAUCGCCACCUCGAUCACCGGCACCUACGUCGCAGACUACUUCUUCCACCGGUCGAUGGGCUUCAAGGCGUGGAUCCAGAGUUUCGUCCAGGAUGCCGGCUGCGCGUCGUUCAGUCGCAAGAAUGCCCAGAAGAAGGAGGAGGAUCUUGUCGUUGUGGAGGCGGAGGAGAAUGUUAAUGGCGAGAGUGUGCAGCGGGAGAUGGCUACGGAGCGGAGAUUCCAGCGUGUGCGCGCCGUGUUGUCGGGUCUUGCGCUUGCGAUGGGUAUUGUUGGGCUUUGGGGGGAUAGAAAAUAG